AUGCUAACGAUUCUAGCUGUUUGCACAGUUCCGGACGGUGAUCAUGAAUGGUUUGAAAGCGUUUAUACACACGCUUGUCAACAAUGGACCACUUUCAUCGGUUUCUUUCCGGCCUUUUCGCAAUGGAUUUCGAAUCGUUUCUCACAUAAAACGAUAAUUUCCGUCGGUUUUACUCUGAUUUGUUUACAUUUCGGAUGGAACUCAAUAAAACGGUACAGAUUGCAUCGUCGACUGCAUCAAAAACGUGCUCGGAUUGCUCAGAGAGCAUUACGCAUCCAAGCUAACCUUCCUUCCACGGUUGGACGUCGUACUGGGCCUACCCCUCUGACCGAAUGCACACUAGACAAGAUUCAAGCACUGCUGCGUUCCGGUGAAAUCACCCCAGUAGAUCUACUACAUGCGUUUCAAUCCAAAGUCUUACAGCUGUGGAAUUCCGGCAAUUCUGGUGUGUGUGAAUUAGUCUUGGAAGCCAAUGAAGAGGCUCGAAAAUUAGACGGCACACUACUACAGAAUGCUAAAACCGCUCCUCUUUAUGGGGUUCCUGUAAGUCUGAAGGAAUUGUGCUCCGUACGUGGAUACGAUGCCACUUUCGGAUUAUUGAAGCGGUGUGGACAACCACUUUUAGACGACUGUGUUCUGGUCAAGACACUUAGACAUGAAGGCGCAAUUCCAUUUGUCCUCACAGCCACUUCACAGUUGGCUUUGGCCACAUGUGGAUUCAAUCCGGUCGUUGGACGUCUGACUAACCCGCACUCUACAAACCAUGAGCCCGGAGGGAGCAGUAGUGGUGAGGGUGUUUUGCUAAGUCGAUAUGGUUCGAUUGUCGGUUUGGGUACCGAUAUUGGUGGCAGUAUUCGUAUACCAGCUCACUUUUGCGGCUUGACAGGAUUGAAAACGACAUCUCAACGAUUGAGCACACAGGGCAUCGCACGGCUCAACGAGCAGUCUGUUUUUAUGCUACAGGUCUCUGUUGGUCCAAUGGCUCGUCAAGUUACCGAUUUGGUAGCAAUGAUGCGCACUCUCCUUCGUCCAAGCAUGUUCUCUCUGGAUCCAACGGUCCCGCCUAUCCCUUUUAAUGAAGCAAUCUUUUCUGGCUUGGAUAAACCGCGCUUAACCAUAGGCUAUUUCGAAACCUUCAAAGAUCGAAACUUAAUGGAAACUGUACCAUCAGUGCGGCGUGCAGUCAGACAAGCAGUUGCUGUGCUUUCAAGACAGGGUCAUCGAGUAGUGAAAUUUGAUCCUCCAGAACCGUUUUGGGCCAUGCAACUCAGCCUGAGAGCGAUAUGUACUGAUGGAGGUGAAUCAACUGCGGACGCAUUAACUAUGGAACCACUUUCCAAGCACACUCGAUCAAUGAAAAUAGCAUCUAGGAUUCCGAAAUCAUGUUUUCCUCUGUUAGAUUGGCUUACACGGCGAAUGGUUGGACCGCCAAUGGCUCUUGCUCGAUACGUCAGAGGUUUUCAAAAGCCAGAUGAUGCAUUCUAUUUGGCCUCAGAUAUUGUCACCUACCGGGGACGGUUUGCCGAGGCGUGGGCUGGGGCAGGACCAUUGGACGCACUUGUUUGUCCUGUUUCAAUUUAUCCGGCCCCUUCACUUGAAAUGCCUGCAUAUUUUGAAAUACCUUCCAUUGUUUACACCAUCCUAUUCAAUUUGGUAGACUAUCCAGCCGGGAGUGUACCGGUGGAUCGUGUCAUAAAGGAGGACAUUGAACAAGCAAAUCGUUUGAUGACAGAGGCUCGCGAGAAUGGGGAUCGGCACUAUGAGAUGUUGUAUUAUCAUCAGUCAGACACUCUAGGUUUGCCUCUUGGUGUACAGGUAGUUGGAAAGCCUUUUGAAGAGGAACUGGUUCUACGUGUGAUGCGUGAGCUGGAACAAUCUAAAAUGGAAUAA